GUUCCUGGAUUAUAUUUUAUCAAACUUUGGCUCUAGUAAUAUGUCACAAGCAAGUGAAUAGUCCAUUUCUAUUUAUAUAAAGCACCGAUAUGGAUCAUAAAGAAGCGCUUACAUGUAACCUAUCACACGACAAUUUAUAACAGUUUAUAAAUUACCUCAUCAGAAAACGACAGUGUAAAUCUCUAAAAAGCGGAACUAUAUUCAUUGAAAAAUAAGCCUUCUGUAAGAGCACGAAUAAUCAAUAACUAUAGAACCUGGCGUUGUCAAUGGUCGUGGUGUAACAAAUUUCAUCGGAACACUUGUGCAUGUAACUAUCAAUCAAAGCAGUUUAAAAUCCAGUUUUUGGAGUAAAGCAGUAAUUCUAAAGACUUUUCCAUACUGGUAAAAAUGGAUGUUUGGCAUAUCUGAAGAAUACUAAUGUGAAAAGUAUAAAGCAAUGGCGGACGAGCAAAAACACAAGGAAUCACCAAGGAAACUAUCACAUUUACAAGUAGCGCGCAAACUAAGUCGGGGAGCAGACGACAUUUUCGAUACUGACGAGUAUGCUAAUGAGUAUUAUAAUUACCAGGAUAGGCGAAGUUCUAGCCAAUCAAUAUCGAGAUAUAAUUCAUGUCCACAACUUCUUGACCAGGAACCGGAAACACGCAAUGAAUCGUAUGAACAAACUACUGAUGAUAUAAAUACGGGUUCAAGUGUUCCUUACCUAGAACGUCAAUGUGUUUUUGUUCAAGGUCCGUCACCUGUGCUUCAAAGAAAGCUAUAUGUAGAAAAUGGACAAGUCUCAGAAACUCCUACGCCACCGUCUACACCAAAAAGCCGACGGAGUGGGUUCUCCUCAAGAGAAUCGUUGUUGUCGUCACCGGAUAAAACAUUCACGUCACCGUUUACAUCACCAAGACUUCUGCUUAGAAAACAAUUAAUUCAAAGUGCUUUAAGUAGAGACUCUUCUAUAGAUAGUCUCACAGACAAGUCUGUAGGUGAACCAGAUAAGAAAGUUCCGCUCAGUGUUGAAAAUCUGAAUAGGUUUGAUGAUUUAAAAUCAAAAGAUGAAGCUUUAAAGAGUCCAAAAGAAGAAAAAGGAAAGGUACACAAAGUUCGGGGUAGACGAAGUAUUCAACCUGAGGUUUCUGACACUGUGAAUAAAUGUGAAAACUGGUUACAAACUUUACAAAUUGUACAGACGGACAGGAUUAAAUCAAGAAGCAAUAUACAACUACCACCAAUAUAAGAAGUGAAAAUUCAAUUUCCUUUUGAUCUAUAUUCAGGUGCUCAAUAUUUGCAGUAUUACCACGAAAACUAGGAUGAAAUUUCAUUGGUUAGUUAUAUGGAGCUCAUCAUCUGAUUGGCUGAUAGUAUUAAAAUACGGAGGUGUUAAUGUGCUGAUAUACUCAGAGCAUUAUAAAUGCAAAUACAGCGUGUACCUUCAUCACAUAUAUUUAUAGAGAUGGUACCUACCAAAGAAAAUCUAAGGGGAACAACUCUGAAUUGACCAAUAAAUGGAAGCAAACAUAAAACAUUGGUCAAAAGUGAAAGAAACUCAAAUAGGUCCUUUUACCAUCAACUGCUCAGGCAGGCAAAAUAUGACCUUCAUUUGUUUAGAUCGCUUUGUAUUCAGUAUCGAACACGCACACUUUUCUCAUGGCUUACACUUACAGUUAUUUUAUAAUUUGUACUGAGGCCCUGAUAGAAAGUUUAGCAGUGCAUGAAAAUUCAGUGAAAUAAUGCAUAAAUUCCAUUAAAGAAAUUUUACGAAAUUAAGAAACGUUAUAAAGUUUUGAUCUUUUAGCCAAAGUUAUUUAUUGUUCUCAAUGAUCGGAUGAUUAAUCGGUUUACACAAAAUUUAUAUAUUUAAAUGUACAAUGUAUAUAUCCAACAAUGAGAAUUUUAAAAAAGAAGUUAGAUUGGUAUCAUGUUUAUGUAACAAUGUAGCUAUACUGCUUAAUAUGUUCAUCACUUCAAUGAAUCAUUUUGAAAGUGUUUCUUACGCUUUAAAUAGUCAUUUUGAAGCAUUUCUCUUACUGUUCAAGAGUACUUUGCUGCAAAUAAUGAAACACAAAAAGUAAUUGUCAUCAAAUGAAAUUACAACAUUUUGAGGCAGUGGUUGUAAAUACAACACUUUAAGGUAGGUAGCUGAUAGGUAAUGACUCUCUGCAAUGUAUUUUUAAGCAAUUCAACAUUCUCUGGAUGGAAUUAUCACGAUCAUUGCUUUCCACGAACAACGAAUAACUAAUGAAAAAGCAUAUGGAGAUUAUUUUAUUGAUGAUUUUCGUUAGAGGUCAACUACCUUAUUGUAACAAACUGUGAAAUGUUUUAUAACUAAGAAACUUCAGAUAUCAACAUUAAUUUACAACUUAAAACUGUUUACAUAACUUGAAAAACAUGAUUUUUGUUGGGGCCUCUCAUUUACAAUUAUAUCAAUAAUUAUCACCUGAAUUGAGUGCAUUCAUGAGUGGAAAAUAUUGAUGGCAAAAUGGUGAGGGGGUUUGUUUACAUUAUUAAAUUUUAAAUAACUUCUUUCAGGUACAUUUUUGGUAUGGUUUUGGUAAGCUUAUAAUAAAGAGCAUGCCAUUCCCUUUCACUCAGAUUUUUUUCCUGAGUUUUAGACCCUUGGCUAGUCUUGGAUUUUGGUUUUAUUAAAAGACAAAAGAAAGUUCAGUAUAGGCUAUUUAAAAGUGUUGAAAAUAAACUAAACUUACACUUUACUCUAUUGAAUUUAUUUAGCUGUGGAUACUUUUGAUACAGACUAUAAUUGGGGAGAACCUUAUGUCAUUGAAAAACGGUCAAUACAAGAGUUGUCCAUUUUGCUUCAGAUAUUUUGAGGAAGUCAUUUUUUCAAAUAUCAAAUAUUUCUAUUUUUAUAUGGAGAGGAGUAAAACCAUCAAUAUAUUUAGUAAAUUGGUGCACUUAGCUAUCAUUUCACCCUGAAAAUAAACUGUAUAGAUGAAUUUGAUUUUUUAGGUACCAUCUCUAAUAUUUACAAUGCCUUUACACUUAUUUUAUCGUUUAUUUUUAGACAAAGUGGUCAUAAUAAAAGUUAUUCUUGUUCCUCAAUAAAGUAUUUAAUAAGGUUAAA